AUGGCGCAUGGUUCAGAGCUGUUCGACUGUGUCAUCUGUCUACAGUUAUUAGAAGAUCCUGUUACCACUGCUUGUGGACACAGUUACUGUAUGAAAUGCCUCAACAUUUUCUGGGAUACAACACCAAACAAUGGAGGAGAAUACAGCUGUCCUCAGUGCCGGACAACUUUCAGAACAAGGCCUGUUCUUCAGAAGAACACUCUCCUGGCUGGCCUGUUGGAAGAACAAAAGAGGAAAAACAAUCAAAGUGGGUUUCAAGGAGACCCUGCUUCACCGGGAGAUGUGCGGUGUGACGUCUGCACAGAGAGAAAACGAACAGCCAAGAUGUUCUGCCUCAUGUGCAUGGCCUCUUACUGUGAGGAGCAUCUGCAGCCUCACCUUGAAGUGGCGCCACUGAAGAAGCACCUCCUGAUUCAGGCCUCCUCCAGAGCCAAAGAAAGCAUCUGCCCCCGUCAUGACAGACGUCUGGAGAUUUACUGUCGCUCUGAUGAGCAGCUGCUGUGCCCGCUUUGUGUGGUGGAACACAAAGGUCACGACAUCGUAGAAGUCACAGCAGCAGUUUGUGAGAAACGGAAUCGACUGGAUUGGACCAGAAAGGAAAUAGCAGACAGAGUGAAUGUUUCGCAGAGUAAAAUGGAUCAGCUGAUGGAUGCUGCAGACUCUAUAAGAGAUGCUGCCUGGGAGGCGUGUGAUGACUUUGAACGACACAUCCCUUUAUACGCCCUCUUCCUGGAGAAGAAAAGCAUCGAGAUGAGAGAGAAAGUUGGAGAAUUGGAGAAAACUGGAGUGGACUGGACCAAAAGUCACCUCGGCCCGCUGGAGCGUGAAGUGUAUGAGCUGAGGGGGAUGGAGGAUAAACUCCUCCAGCUUUCUCAAACAGAUGAUCCCGUUCAAUUCCUUCAGGAUUUCCAGGCCCUCGGUGACCUUCCUGUGUUCACAAACCCACAAGAAGGACCCGAUACACUGACAGACUUUGUAACUGCACACAAAGACAAUUUGAAAAGGAUGUGUGGCAAACAAAAGGAUGAAUUAUUAAGUCAUUUAAAAGACAUUACAACGUUACAGAUUGUAAAACAGCCUUACAUGGAAAUCACAUCAAGAGAAGACAUUUUGCCCUAUUGCACUGAGCUGGAGCUGGAUCCAGACACAGUGAAUGCAUGUCUUUACCUGACAAAAACAAAGAAGGAGAUCUCAUGGGGAAUAACGGGCCAGGCUCAUCCUGAUCAUCCUGACAGAUUCACCUACUUUUACCAGGCUCUGUGCCAGAAGGGCCUUCAGGGUAACCAUUACUGGGAGGUAGAGUGGGACGGCGGGAUCAUCGAGGUGGCCGUGUCGUACAAAAAGAUACAAAGGAAGGGUUCAGGCAAAGACAGCUGUUUCGGCCAUAACAAGUUGUCCUGGAAAUUUACCUGCUCUCCUUCUGGAUGCACGUUUUGGCACAACAAUCUCCACAGAGGUCAGAUCUCGCCGGCUCGCGCCCGCAGACUGGGCGUGCACCUGGAAUAUGACGAAGGAAAGCUGAGCUUCUACAGCGUUUCAAGGCCUGACAGGCUGACCCUCCUGCACCAGAUCCAGACCAGCUUCACCGAGCCACUCCAUCCAGGCUUUUCUGUUGAUCUAGGUGCAACACUGACAAUAUGCCAAAUUUAA